GGGAGCAGUUCCCAAUAAUACUCUUUAUAUCCUGCCCUCGGACCCGCUCGCACAAGGUUUGAUGAGUGGAAAAUGGUACCCGCGGUUCCCUGGGGGAUAAAGGGACAGGGAUGCUCCCGGCUCCCAGGGAACCGAGGAGGACGCAGCACCCUCACAGCAGACACGGAGGGGUCCCGCACCCUCGGUGGGAGCCGCCGAGCUCCUGAAUGGCAUCGCCGGAAGCGCUCCUCGCUGGGAAAGACCCUGGGAUUCGGCGGGAUGGGAUGUGCCAGGUCACUGGUCCAAGCCCUGCCGGAAUGGCGCUGGCUUCAAAGCAACCGGACGAGCUCAUGGAAGACGAACCAGCAGAAGGUGGAGCAGAUCCUGUCGGAGUUCCGGCUGAAGGAGGAGGACCUGAAGAAGGUGAUGUACCGGAUGCAAAAAGAGAUGGACCGAGGGCUAAAGCUGGAGACGCACGAGGAAGCCUCCGUCAAAAUGCUGCCCACCUACGUCCGCUCCACACCCGAGGGCUCAGAGGUUGGAGAUUUCCUGUCGCUGGACCUCGGUGGCACCAAUUUCCGAGUGAUGCUGGUGAAAGUGGGCGAGGGGGAGGAAGGGCAGUGGAAGGUGAAGACGAAGCACCAGAUGUACUCCAUCCCCGAGGAUGCCAUGACGGGGACGGCCGAGAUGCUCUUCGACUACAUCUCCGAGUGCAUCUCCGAUUUCCUGGACAAGCACCAGAUGAAGCACAAAAAGCUGCCCCUGGGCUUCACCUUCUCCUUCCCCGUGCGGCAUGAGGACAUCGACAAGGGCAUCCUCCUGAACUGGACCAAGGGCUUCAAAGCCUCCGGCGCUGAAGGGAACAACGUGGUUGGGCUCCUGAGAGACGCCAUCAAACGGCGAGGGGACUUCGAGAUGGAUGUGGUGGCGAUGGUGAACGACACGGUGGCCACGAUGAUCUCCUGCUACUACGAAGAUCACCGGUGCGAGGUUGGGAUGAUUGUGGGGACGGGCUGCAACGCCUGCUACAUGGAGGAGAUGCAGAACGUGGAGCUGGUGGAGGGCGACGAGGGGCGGAUGUGCGUCAACACGGAGUGGGGGGCCUUCGGCGCCUCGGGGGAGCUGGACGAGUUCCUCCUGGAGUACGACCGCGUGGUGGACGAGACCUCACUUAACCCCGGUCAGCAACUCUAUGAGAAGAUCAUCGGGGGGAAGUACAUGGGGGAGAUCGUCCGGCUGGUGCUGCUGAAGCUGGUGGACGAGAACCUGCUCUUCAACGGGGAGGCCUCCGAGAAGCUCAAGACCCGCGGGACCUUCGAGACCCGCUUCGUGUCACAGAUCGAGAGCGACUCCGGCGACCGCAAACAGAUCUACAACAUCCUGACGGCCUUCGAGCUGCUGCCCUCGGGGACGGACUGUGACAUCGUGCGGAUGGUCUGCGAGAGCGUCUCCACCCGCGCCGCCCAGAUGUGCUCGGCCGGGCUGGCCGGCGUCAUCAACCGCAUGCGGGAAAGCCGGAGCCAGGAGACCCUCAAAAUCACCGUGGGGGUCGACGGCUCCGUCUACAAGCUCCAUCCCAGCUUCAAGGACCGCUUCCACGCCACGGUUCGGCAGCUGACGCCCGGCUGCGACAUCACCUUCAUCCAGUCGGAGGAAGGCAGCGGGCGUGGGGCCGCGCUCAUCUCGGCCGUCGCCUGCAAAAUGGCCUGCAUGAUGGGGCAGUGAGAGAGGA